AUGCUUUCUAAAAAGAUUAGUUCAAUCACUUUAAUACUUUCAAUCUUUGUUUUCUCAAUGAAUUCAGCCUUACUCUAAGCUUAGAGUUUUGAUUAUGCAUCAGCACAGAUAUGUGUUUUCGACGAAAGAUCAAAUUACUUAGCUGAGUGCUAUUUGCAAGAUUACCCUCACUCUGUUGAAAUAACAAUCAACCGCAAAAAAUAUACAUGCCUUUGCGAUUGGAUGGAUGAUGCUAACAUGAAGAAGAAAAUCAGUGAUGCCAAGGAGGAAGAAUCAGCUGCCUAAUCAGUAUCCUAAUCUUCACCUGUCAAUAAGAAAAGAGUUGAAUCAUCAACUAUUGCUAAACUUAUGCAAAAAGUACAGUGA